GCGCUCGGCGGCUCCCGCCUUGCCCUCGCGCUCGGGAGCAGUCGCGCAACACGGCGCAACGUGCGCAGAACGGCUUCUUGCGGCCCAGGCGCACUGAGCCAAGCAGCCGUCGCCACCAGCUGGAAACGAACGCGCUCCGCGCGAGCGUGCGCGUGUGUGUUGUCGAGGGCAGCGGUCCACGCAGCGGCGCCUCGCCGCCAUAUUUGUGCUGUUGCUGGUUUCUGCGUCCGCUCGCUCGGCUCCUCCGAGCGCUCCCUUCGCCCCCGACCGCGCGCCUCGGCGGCCGCGGACUUCCUACUUCGUCGAAGUGGCGGCCAGCGCGAUGGAGAAGGGCGGCGCCGCGUCGGAGUGCGGCGCGUCGAGCGACGUUGCGGCCGCCGCUCAGCAACAGCGCGGGGAGGACGUGCCCAUGCACUUCGUGUCGGUGAACAAGGUUCCGACGCAGGUGAUCUGCUACGGCGACCCCGGCAGCCUGGCGUCGGACGCCGCCAAGCCCGUGGUCCUCGUCAUUCCAGGCAAUCCUGGUUCGAUCGAGUUCUACGCCGAGUUCAUGCGCGAAAUCUACCAGGGCCUCAAGGGCAAGGUCAUCGUCUGGGGUGUCUCGCACGCCGGUCACGUGGCACCACCCAAGCCCAUGCAGAUACCCAACGUUGAAGAUCAUCCGACUCUGUACUCGUGCGACGGCCAGAUCGGCCACAAGAUGGCCUUCAUCAAGCAGUACAUUCCGAGCGGGACGCCGCUCAUCCUGGUCGGACACUCCAUCGGGUGCCACAUGGUCCUCGAGAUACUCAAGAGGGCCCCGGACCUCAACGUGCGCAAGGCGUUCCUGCUGUUCCCCGCCAUCGAGAGCCUGGACGCGUGCCCGCGCGUGGGCCUCAUCAACCCCCUGAUCACCUACCUGCGGCCGCUGACGGUGGCCACGCUGUCCGCCCUGCGGCUGCUGCCGCGCUCCGUGCAGAACUUGCUCAUCCGCUUCUACAUCUACAUCGCCACCGCGUGCACCACGCCGCACCGCACGUCGCUGAACGGCGCGCAGAACUACUUCCGGCCCGAGUGCCUCAUGGCCUGCUUCGUGUUCACGCGCGACAUCAUACAGAACGUGCGCGAGCGGGACGACGCCACCAUCGGGCGGCACGCGGACAAGCUGGUCGUGUACUACGGCCGGAACGACCACUGGAGCCCCGUCGAGUACUACGACGACCUGCGCCGGACGUUUCCCGAAGCGGACGUGCGCCUCUGCGACCGGGGCUUCCGGCACGCCUUCGUGCUCGAUCGCAGCGUCGACGUCGGCAGCAUGGUGCGCGGCUGGAUGGAGCCGCUGCUGCUGAGCUAGCGGCGUGUGCCUUGUCGAGCCGAGUGCUUUGUUUUUUGUUUUCUUUUUUUACGUUUUGCGUCGCGCGCGUUGAAAGAAGGUAUGACAUGCUGUCCCGUUGCUUGCACCUCUGGAUAGGAUCGGUGGCAAAGGUCAUUCAACAGCUUGAGUGUCUCCAAAUGAAACCAUAGAAAAGGGCCAUCUACAAUUCGCGGGAAGUCCUGGGAUGGAAGGUCUGCCAUCCUUUUGCAGGCCGGAGCGUCCCUGUCACCCCAUAGGGGCACGUAAACAUCUAAAAGACGUUGUGGAAGACUGCAAAUACUCUACAGGAACUACUUUAAAAAAAUUGGAGCAAAUGUUCACACUAUCAGUUUCAUUUAUUUCAUUUGUUGGACCAUAAGGCUCCAUAGGGCAGUAGUUAAUUACCUUUCGGAAUGAAGAACAUUGGUCGCUGGUGUAAGGGUGAACAAGCAUUGGACCUCAAGAUGCACAGAAACUGUUUUCUUAAAAACGCUUUAUUCUUUAAUCUUUAAUAUGCUGAGUGCCACCUGCAUUGUUAGUUCUACGAAAACAAGAGUGUCGAUUCAGCGGGACAGCAUGCCAUCGAACUCAAAUGUUAGAGCAGUUAAAUGUUGUUUUUUUAUUUUUGUACACAAUACCUUUGCAGGGCGCUAACCACGAGGGAAAGAGCGAUAGUAUUUCGUCAUCGGUACGCUUUAUACCGCGUUAUAGAUAUGUGCAUUCUAGUCCCGCUUUGAAGCUUCGUCGGGCGCGCUUCUACUUCGGCAUUAGAGAGUUUCAGCCUGUCCGUAUGACGUAAUAUUGUUUACGGAAUAUCGCAGUCGUGGACGUGACAGCAAGCACUGGUCGUGCCAUCUUGUGACGUUCACUUCAAGCAGAGGGCAUAGGCAUGUAGCUGUUAUUACAAUGACGGGCUCUAUGCUCAUUAGCUGCUGGCAAAAAAAGAAAAAAAAGGCAUCGACAUAUCCAUGAAACGGUCAUGCCAUGCAACCUUACUUUAUGCCAUGAAUAUCCAAUAAUGUAAAGUGGCUCUUGUUUUGACGAGGCUAGCGUAAAAUAAAAAAAAUAUAACGUCUCUCACGCUUUGUUGUUCAAGAAAAAUACAAAGCGUUGUUAAAAACGCUUUUACAGCCUUUCAAGCCAGCGGUAUUCCGUAAACCGCGGUGUGUUUACCAUACGGGCAGGUUAGGACUGUCUAUUGAUCCGUUUACCUUGUUUGAGCUUAGAACAUCGCGUUCCGCUGAGGUCUUAGAAGCAUCAUUCCAAUAUGUCUGAACGUUCGCCUCACGCCAGUGCAUGCGAUCAACGCGCAGGCGAUUUGCUGGCAGAUUACCUGUGCUUGCCGCAUUGUUGACGAAGACGACGUUCGCGAAGUUUGUGUUUUUGAGCCGGCGUUUUCCGCUGCGGUGUUUCUCGUGGCCAUGAGCCUGUGAUCUGAACGCGCAAAGUCCUCUACUGUGAGUUGGUGUGCAAGCGGCAAUGACCGAGACUUUUGAGGAUAGGACUUCAGUUUUCGGUCCGGCUGCAGCCAUCGAACGGGAAAGUAAGGUGCUACAAGCAAACAGGAAACUUUUGCGUCAUCAGAACUCAUUCAACAAAUGCGAACCCGUCGCCGUAUAAGGCGAAACAUGACCCAUAUCAUACGAGCACCUGGACAACAGCACGUUUCUCAGUGGCUGCACUACCGUGGGCCAGUGGCAAUUGACCGGGAUAAUCGAGCAAAAUGGGAUCAUGAAUAGGGAGAGCGAGCGUGACAUUAUUAAACGAAGCCCAGAAUAUUUGCCACGCUGACAUGUUCAGCCCACGUUGAGAUAUAGGCUAAAUAUGCCAGCGUGGUUGGUUUCAAAAUCCAAUAUGACGGCUGUGCGAAAAGAGAGAAAACAUUACUUGAGGGACUGCAGUCCGAGUCACACUGCUCAUGGUCGUUUCAAAAGUGUAAUGCGGCAAAUCGCAGGGUCUCCCGAAGCUGAUCCCUGCGGUGGUUUAUCCCAAAUAGAGCUCCAUGCAAAAAUUACUACAGGAAAACCUGGCGCUACAGUCUCUGCACACGCUGCCGUCACAGCGCUCAAUACGCAGCAUGACGGAUAGCACACGGAUUUGUCUAAGCUUAGGCCCAAACAAUGAAACGUUCCUUUCCUUCGAGCGCUUCCUAACCUUACGUGAGGCCUCCUUACAGCGAAGGACCGAUGGAGAAACAAGCAUACUCUGAAAGCUCCCUUCACCCGUCCUCACGUAAGGAGCGGUUGCCGCCAUGCCUGGGUUCGAGAUUAUCUCUUAAAAGCUUUAGGCGAACACCAGAACACCACUAUUCAAUAAAAAAGGUUGUAUCGUCACACAAUGUUUAAGUUGAUGAGCUAAUAGAGAGAACCGUGGACGCUUUUUUCUAGUUUUGUUUAUUAAACCUAAAGAAGUAGCGUAUUACGGUGCAAAACUUGAUGUGAUCCAGCAACGCUGGUACGCCGGCGUCGUGCAACGCCUAGCAACGCUUCCAUGCCGCACCCGUGACUGAAACGAACGUGCCUGGCAAAACGUACCGUGCUCGCGCUUCUCCGAAGGUGGGCGACAGCACGCCCGCGCAAGCAAACGUCACGUAGUUAAGCAGUGAGGCGAAGCGCUCGUUCAGGGCCAGGAGCGGCGUAAGGACGCAUGAAGGUAGCUUGGUCCAAACAAUAAAACGUUCCUUUUAGGUGUGUGCGAAUAUUGAAAUUUUCGAUUACGAAUCGAAUACGAAUAAGGCGAAGAACUCUCUUCGAAUAUCGAAUCGAAUAUCGAAUACAUGUGUAGUAUUAAAAAAUUGCAAGAGAGGUAACAAUAGCUUUAUUACCCUUUUAAAAAUAAGAUUGCUUUCUACAAGGUUGCUUCAAAUUAAAGAGGUACUCAAUUAUAGAUAAUGGACUCAGGUAAUGCCCUCAGUCAGGUAAAACGCUUGUUACAGAUUGUAGUGAAGGAAAAUUAACUGCUCAAUAUGGCCAGAAAGUAAACGCUCUCUAUGCACUGUCACAUUUCUACCGGUAGAAAAGACUCUUUCACUAGGAACUGAAGUGGCAGGGAUCGCCAAGUUUCCGGGCGAGUGCACUUAAAAGCGGGUACCUGAAGCGGCCAAUGGACUGCCACCACUCACAAGGAUUCAUGCCCCUUUCCAGAAGAGGCUUUUGCGCGUAGUCUGUAACUUCCCCCUCAGGGGCAGAUGCCAAAUGUGUCUUCUCUUUGUUCAUCACUAGAUCGUCAAAAGCAUUCCAUACACUCGAUGCCACCAGUGGACACGAAGUCGACGAUGGCACGGCGGUGUCCCCACGGUGUUCCACGACGGCUUCCUGGAGCUCCCUUGUCACAAGGUUUUUUAGCCAGAUCAUCUGAACAGAUGCCUGAUGAACUGUGGCCAUAAAGCGCGGAUCAAGAAACAUGCCUAGGCUGGCCACUUCAUCAAAUUUCCACUCCGCACAAAGAGCCUUGAUACAUUUUGAAUCAAUGUUAGCAAACACUGAGUUGCCUUUGCAACCUUCAAGGCAAUGGGGCAUUCCAAAAAUAAUUGGAAUUAUAAAGCUUGGUGAAAAAGAAACCGAAACUGAUCAUGUCUCAAAUGCCUGAAGCAGAUAGACUGAAACAGAGCAUACAGAUAAUGAGCGGAUCAUGCGAAGUUCUCAGUUAAUAAACAUGUUCUUAGGAGAAUGCGGAGCAAGCAUACAAUUGGUUAAUUGCUCAAUUAUUCGCAGUCUAUCCGAAUAUUCGCCGUUUCCACCGUUAUUCGGCCGUCCUCGGAUAUUCGUGAAUUUCCGAACAUGCAUUUUUCGAAUGGAAUACGCUUCGAAUAUGGAAAAUAUUCGAUUCGUAUUCGAAAUUCCGAAUAUUCGCACACCCCUAGUUCCUUUCCUUCGAGCGCUUCCUAACCUUACGUGAGGCCUCCUUACAGCGAAGGACCGAUGGAGGAAGCAAGCAUACUCUGAAAGCUCCCUUCACCCGUCCUCACCUAAGGAGCGGUUGCCGCGUGCCUGGGUUCCAGAUUAUCUCUUCAAAUCUUUCCGCGAACACCAUUAUUCUAUUAAAAAAUGUUGUAUCGUCGCACAAUCUUUAAAUUGAAUAGCUAAUAUAGAGAAGCAUGGACGCUUUCUUCUAGUUUCGUUUACUAAAGUUAAAAAAAAGUUGCGCAUUACAGUGCAAAACUUGAUGUGCUCCAGCAACGCUGGCACGCCGGCGUCUUGCAACGCCUAGCAACGCCUAGCAAUGCUUGCAUGCCGCACGCGUGACUGAAACGAACAUGCCUGGCAAGACGUACCGUGCUCGCGCUUCUCCGCAGGUGGGCGAUAGUGCGCAUGCGCAAGCGAAUGCCAUGUGGUUAAGCAGUGAGGUGAAGCGCUCGUUCAGGGCCAGGAGCGGCGUAAGGACGCAUGAAGGUAGCUUUGGAGCUACCUUAUGCUGAGGAAGCACCAAGGAAGCCUUCACCGAGAGCCCCUCAGUAAGGAAGCUUUCAGAGUGACAUAAGGUAGCCUCACCCCAAUGAAGGCUUCCUUAGUGAGGUAAGGAAGGUUUCAUUGUUUGGCUUCUUAUGCUGAGGAAGUACCAAGGAAGCACCAAGGAAGCCUUCACCGAGGGCGCCUCAGUAAGGAACCUUUCAGAGUGACAUAAGGUAGCCUCACUGCAAUGAAGGCUUCCUUACUGAGGUAAGGAAGGUUUCAUUGUCUGGCCCUUAGUACUUCUGGCUUCGGACAGCCUUCUGCUUUCUUCAUGUUUGGGGGCAGCAUGAGGCCAAGAAAGCUAAAGGACCAACACGGCGAUAGAUAACUUUUUUAUGUUCCGUCGUUUCCGGUUGAUUGCGGGAAGAAAAUUGAAUCAGAUUUAAAAUAUUGAUUUGAACCUUGCCAUUCGUGAAACUCUGUAUUCUGGCGCCUCCUCUCCAGGGCAUUGUCAUAGGGACGUCGGCGUAACAGAUAAGCAGCUUGUGUCUGAAUUAGGACGAAUUUCAUGUUAAAUUUUUAAAACCAUUAGUUGUCUUAAAUUUCUUGAGGUUUUAUCGAAAGUUCGCUUUAGUGUUUCUUUAUAGAUUUAUCUCAUACUAAUUAUCCUUCUAAUGCAUCUGAUUCUUGACCAAGCCAACGUAGUGGGUGGCCAUACAUAAAGACCAACCAAACCAAACGCGGCCCUGAACGUGUCUCCUUGUCUUCGUCUUCGUCUCUUUCGCUGCCCCGAACUUUGAAUUUUACCCACUAGCCCGAUUAUCUGCUCCCGUGCUUUUAUUUAAAGCUAAUAUUAUCCUCCCACAUUUGCUGUGUGAUAAUGAUUGACCUCAUGUACAUUCUCAAUUCCACCACCGUAUUAGGUUUUUCGUCAUUACGACUAAAAACCUAACAUUUAAAAAGUCUAAGACAGUCGACCAUGGUGACUGUCGCUGCUAAAAGGACAUCCAUAUCUGGAGGGACACAUACACGGAAAUGCGGAAACUAAUCUUUACGGUUGGAAUAGUAAAGAAUAAAGUAUUCUGUACUAUUUUCUGUAUUUUCUGUACUAUUCUGUACUAUUCCAUUAUAUACUAAAAAACAGAACAGAAUAAAGUAUUCGUCAACGUAAAAACAACAACAUUGCUCUAAAAAAAAUGUUGUACGACUAGUACAAAACAUAGCGCACGAAAACAACAACAGCAACAAUAAACGAAGUCACAAUUUUCACUUUAACGAGGCCAGGCCAAAUCAUACACAAAUCUGUGAGCUGCGCACCUUUCUCACGGUAGUUAAUCACUGGGUUGGACUUGAUGCAGCGCCAGAUUUCGCUCUAGCGAUUUUUGUAAGAAACUCUGGAGGAUAUGCCUGACCCUUUCUUUCAUUUUUUUUCUCACUUUUUGUUCAGCUGCAGCUGCGGCAAUAGGAACUCAGUGAGGAUAAUCUGCGUUACUCUUAAGCAUACAGUCGCCGCCAAAAUUUUACAAACCGCGGGAUCUGAGAAAACAUUGACUUUCCGAGUAGUGUGUGACCGGAAUGCAGGCUAGAAACUUGAAUGACAGGCUGCCGAAAUAUUCAACCUUUUCUCGGGUUCCAUGGUCCACAGACUCUUGACGCCGACUGUGUACAAGAAAAAGCCUAACCUUGCUGUUGGUAUUUGAGUAUCCGUUACGGUUUCAUUAGUCCGUAAGGAAUAGAAUAAUGAUGCAAGCAUAAUGGGGCCAAAAUUGCUUUAAGAUGUGCCGUGUCCAUCAUACCGGUGAACCGGGGGCGGGACCCUUGUAAAAACGCAUCCGCGAAGCCUUCAGAAGGAGUAAAAAAUGCUUUUUUGAUGACCCACGCUCGAUGUGUAUGUGUAUGCACCUCGUCCCUCUCAAUGGUGGCGAAGUUUUGUACAUAGCGAAUAAAAUUUUUCACGAAAGCUUGUUAUUCCA